GAAACUUAGAAAGUGUUUCGAGUGUAAGUUUGGACAUAUUUAAUACAGAUUCUAUUUGUUAGGAAACACUUUAUUUCCUUUUUUAUAUGAGAUUUUUCCACGUAAAUUAGGAUUUAGUCGGUCUCACCGGAAUAACCCAAAAAAAGUAUAUAUAAAUCCAAAUUACAAUAAAAAAAAAAUUAUUCCUUAGUUUUUCUAAUCUCAAAAUAUCCUUUUUCUAAAAUCCUAUUAUAGUGACUAUUCUUGUUAUUUUGCACUAUUUUCAUUGUGACCCCCCCCCCCGCCCCCCGCCACUCCCCACCUUUUCCCACUCAGCCACCAAGAUAUUUUUCUGUCAAAUUUCUGACUCUAAACGUCCAUGGCAUCACCUACCACCAGUCACAUGGAUAUACCAAAAGGAGACAAGCUUGUGCUAAGGGGUUUAAAGUUCCAUGGAUAUCACGGGGUGAAGCCCGAAGAAACGAAGCUGGGGCAGAAGUUCUUGGUGGAUGUUGAUGCUUGGAUGGAUCUUCGACCAGCUGGUAAAUCCGACUGCUUGUCAGAUACGCUGAGUUACACCGAUAUAUACAGAAUAGUGAAAGAGAUUGUAGAAGGUCCACCUAGAAAACUUCUAGAGAAUGUCGCGGAGCUCAUAGCAUCUACAACGCUGAACAAGUACCCGCAGGUAUCUGCUGUUCGCGUUCAAGUUGGAAAGCCGCAUGUGGCUGUUCAAGGACCUGUUGACUACUUGGGCGUCGAGAUAAUCAGACACAGAGAUCUUUGAUGUUCAAAUCCAUGUCUUAUUGCUCUUUUGUAAUUUGAAGUCCUGUUGUUAAACAACACAGUUUUUCAUCCUUUCCAUCUGCAUUUGCUAUUGUUUUUCGUAUAAAAACUCUUCGAAUUCGUGCUCCAUGAAUAUGUUACUUCAUCACAUGAACACGGGAAAUUUGGCUAUUAAGCCUCUUCAA